CAAGUUUUCUGAUGUAUUUGCUUGCACCUUCUUCCCCUGCUGUUUGGUGAACCCAGCCCCCCUCUUCCCCCCCCCACCGGUCUCCCAAGGAUGGAUCAUUCCCAGUGCCUUGUGACUAUAUACGCCUUGGUGGUUCUGCUGGGUCUCCGGCUAGAGCAAGGCGCCUGCCAGCACUAUCUGCACAUCCGACCGGCUCCCAGCGACAACUUGCCCUUGGUGGAUCUAAUCGAGCACCCGGACCCUAUCUUUGACCCCAAGGAGAAGGAUCUUAACGAGACCUUGCUCAGGAACCUCAUGGGCGGACACUUCGACCCCAACUUUAUGGCUAUUUCCUUGCCCGAGGACCGGCUCGGAGUGGACGAUCUAGCUGAGCUGGACUUGCUGCUCAGGCAGAGACCCUCGGGAGCGAUGCCCAGCGAAAUCAAAGGGCUGGAGUUUUACGACGGGCUGCAGCCGGGCAAGAAGCACAGGCUGAGCAAGAAGCUGCGCAGGAAGCUGCAGAUGUGGCUCUGGUCCCAGACCUUCUGCCCGGUCCUAUACACGUGGAACGAUCUCGGCAGCCGCUUUUGGCCCCGGUAUGUCAAAGUGGGCAGCUGCUACAGUAAAAGGUCUUGUUCAGUCCCAGAAGGCAUGGUUUGCAAACCUGCCAAGUCCGUGCAUUUAACGAUCCUGAGGUGGAGGUGCCAGCGUCGGGGAGGGCAGAGGUGCACAUGGAUACCCAUCCAGUACCCCAUCAUUUCGGAGUGCAAGUGCUCCUGCUAGGGCUUGCACUUACCUUUUCUCGCCCCUUCUCCAGCGGACUCACGUGGACCUUUGCUGCAACAAAAAUAAAAGACAUUUGCUUUCUGGUUAACGUUGUAAUGCACUGUAACGUGUAGGAGAAUGUAUAUUGUGUGUAUAUAUGGCACCGUUUUAAUAUACUAUUAAAAGGUCAGUAUUAUACGUUAAAUAAUCAGCGUCUACUGUAUUUUUAAGACUAUUAGCCUGA